GCCUUGUCUUUCCUCGUCUCGCUUUCUGUCUCUUCUCGCCAUCCGAUCUGAUUCUCUCUUCUCUCCUCCCUCUCUUUCACAUGGCGAUCGCUGCAGAGAACCAACCACAGGAGAAGAUCACCACUACGGAGGCCUCUGCAGUCGAGAAGAGAAGAUGGACGCUUAACGACUUUGACAUUGGAAAACCUCUCGGAAGAGGGAAGUUCGGACAUGUCUAUCUAGCUAGAGAAAAGAGGAGUAAUCACAUUGUGGCACUGAAAGUCUUAUUCAAGAGCCAGUUACAACAGUCUCAGGUUGAGCAUCAGCUUCGCCGGGAAGUUGAAAUUCAGAGUCAUCUUAGACACUCUAACAUUCUGCGCCUCUAUGGAUAUUUCUACGAUCAAAAACGAAUUUAUUUGGUACUGGAAUAUGCUCCCAGAGGUGAGCUUUACAAGGAACUACAGAAGUGCAAAUACUUCAGUGAGAGACGUGCUGCUACUUACGUUGCAUCGUUGGCCAGGGCUCUCAUAUACUGUCAUGGAAAGCAUGUAAUUCACAGAGACAUCAAACCAGAAAAUCUUCUAAUUGGUGCCCAGGGUGAACUGAAGAUAGCAGAUUUUGGAUGGUCGGUGCACACAUUUAACCGUAGGCGUACUAUGUGUGGGACAUUGGAUUAUCUGCCUCCUGAGAUGGUGGAGAGCGUGGAACACGAUGCAAGUGUGGAUAUCUGGAGUCUUGGUGUCCUGUGCUAUGAGUUCCUCUAUGGGGUACCCCCAUUUGAGGCUAAGGAACACUCUGACACAUACAGGAGAAUUGUGCAAGUAGAUUUGAAAUUUCCUCCAAGGCCAAUCAUUUCUUCGACUGCAAAGGACCUUAUCAGUCAGAUGCUUGUCAAGGAUUGUUCUCAACGGCUGCCACUACACAAAGUUCUUGAACACCCUUGGAUUGUGCAAAAUGCAGAGCUAUCUGGUGUAUAUAAGAGUUGAGAUUCAGCCUUGUUACAAUAGCUAUUUGAAACAAAGCUUCAAAAUUUAAUCUCCAUUACUUGUAGCAGCAUCAGCGCAAUCGGGGGAGUCUGAGAGAUUGUAAACAAUUACUAAUUGAUAAAUAUCCAUUCAAUUGUCAUCCCAUUUCUUUUCCCAAAUUCUUCAUCUGUUCUUCAACAUGUUUGUGUUGUGUACAAACGAUUGGUAGCUUGGCUGGCAUGCAAAUUUUUAUGAUUAGAGAAUGCUGUGCUCUUAAUAGCAGUUGGGUUUCACCUGCUA